AUGGCGCAGCGUCUGGCAGCGAUCGUCAGCAAGGCCCGGGCUGCGGCUGAGCCGGCCUGGAAGGUUGCUCGCACGGAGACCCUCAAGCAGUAUGACGCCCUGAUGGCCAAGAACGCGCAGUACGUGGUCAAGGACAAGGAAGCAGCGGACAAGCUGCUCAAGCAGUACGUCUUCACGCAGCUAGCCAAGAUCCCCACCGGCGUCACGGCGUGCAAGGAGGAGGCAAACGUGCUGAAGAGCAAGUGGGGGCAGCUGCGGGAGCUGAACACUUCUGAGGUGCUGGUGGCCGUGUACGUUGGAUUUGCUGCGGAGCUGUACGCCUGGAUGUGCAUCGGCGAGAUCAUCGGCCGCGGCGGCUCUCUCACCGGCUACAAUGUGUGA